AUGCAGUUCACUCAACUCCUCCUCGCUAUCGUCCCGUUCAUCGGUGUGUCGCAAGCCAUUCUUUGCUCGUGCGAUCGCAGUACGACUGCAUCAAUUACUUGCUGCCCGGAUAUUCAGAAGUGGAAUGGCUAUGAAUGCGAGCCAGCUGAUCGUCAAGCCUACACCGAUUGCUGUGCGGACCAAUUUUCGACUACGACCUUCUGCAGAGACGGCAGUGUUUAA